CCAGGCGAGGGCACGCGGCGCGGGCGCGCUCGGGGCCGCGAGCGGAAGUGGGUGCCGGCGUGGGGCUGUCGCACGCGGGUGGAGCCGCGGCACCGCCUCGGGUACCGUUGCGCGGCGUUGCAGAGUGUCCGUCCGCCCACGUCCCCCUGCCCCCGAGCGGCAGCGGCUGGAGGAAGCUUCCCGAGCCUCCGCGAUCCCCGGGCCCCCAGGCCACCAGCGCUCCUCCGCCCUCCUCAUGCUCGCCCGGGGCUUUUCGGCGUGGCAAGGCCUCCACAGGUACCCACCCACUCACGAACACCUCACCUUGACUGUCGCCUCCCCCCCCGACCCCACACCCGGUGAACAGUGACUGCCCUGCCGUGCUAGGCGACACCCCUUCAGUAAGAGAUGACACCCUGAAGCCCCACCAGGGAUCCCCCUCGACCACUCCCACCUCCGAGGAGCAUUUCGGGUUGGUGGGACCCGAGCUGGUGGUUCCAGGAUUUUCUUAAGAAUGACUUUAGGAAGAGAAAUUAUGUCCCCUCUUCGAUUGAGGUCUUCAUCUUCAGCAACCAAAAAAAACUUUUUGAAGUGGGAUCUAUCACCAGAACAAAUUAAAGCAAGAACUGAGGAGCUCAUACAACAAACCAAGCAGGUGUAUGAUGCUGUUGGAAUGCUUGAUAUUGAGAAAGUAACAUAUGAGAAUAGUUUGCAGGCGCUUGCAGAUUUAGAAGUGAAAUAUGCAGUGGAAAGAAGCAUGUUGGAUUUUCCCCAGCAUAUCUCCCCUGACAAAGAUGUGCGAGCAGCAAGCACAGAUGCCGACAAAAGGCUUUCUCGUUUUGACAUUGAGAUGAGCAUGAGAGAGGAUGUGUUUCAGAGAAUUGUUCAUCUACAGGAAGCCUGCGAUCUUGAAACAAUAAAGCCUGAAGCCAAGCGGUACUUAGAAAAGUCCAUUAAGAUGGGAAAGAGAAAUGGGCUUCAUCUUCCAGAAGAAGUACAAAAUGAAAUCAAAGCAAUGAAGAAAAGAAUGAGUGAAUUAUGUAUAGACUUCAAUAAAAACCUCAAUGAAGAUAAUACCUUUCUUACAUUUUCUAAGGAAGAACUUGGAGCUCUUCCUGAUGAUUUUCUUGACAGUUUAGAAAAAAUAGAAGAUAACAAAUAUAAAGUUACCUUAAAAUAUCCCCACUACUUUCCUGUCAUGAAAAAAUGUUGUAUCCCAGAAACCAGAAGGAAGAUGGAAAUGGCUUUUAAUACAAGAUGCAAAGAGGAAAACACCAAAAUUCUGCAACAGCUACUUCCACUCCGAGCCAAAGUAGCAAAACUACUUGGCUAUAGCACGCAUGCCGACUUUGUGCUAGAGCUCAACACUGCCAAGAGUACAAGCUGUGUUACUGACUUUUUAGAUGAUUUAAGCCAGAAACUAAAACCUUUGGGUGAAGAAGAGCGAGAGUUCAUCCUGAAUUUGAAGAAAAAAGAAUGUGAGGAAAAGGGAUUUGAAUAUGACGGAAAAAUCAAUGCAUGGGAUUUGCAUUACUACAUGACCCAGGCAGAAGAACUCAAGUACUCCAUCAACCAAGAGAAGCUCAAGGAAUACUUCCCAAUGGAAGUGGUCACUGAAGGCCUCCUGAACAUUUACCAAGAGGUAUUGGGCCUUUCAUUUGAGCAAGUGACUGAUGCACAUGUCUGGAAUGAAAGCGUUACUCUCUAUACAGUGAAAGAUAAAGCUACUGGAGAAGUAUUAGGGCAAUUUUACUUGGAUCUAUACCCAAGGGAAGGAAAGUAUGGCCAUGCAGCCUGCUUUGGCCUGCAGCCAGGCUGUCUCCUACCUGAUGGUAGCCGAAUGAUGUCUGUGGCUGCCCUGGUAGUAAACUUCUCCCAGCCUGUUGCAGGCCGUCCCUCCCUGCUGAGGCAUGAUGAGGUGAGGACCUAUUUCCACGAGUUUGGUCAUGUCAUGCAUCAGAUAUGUGCACAGACUGAUUUUGCUCGAUUUAGUGGAACUAAUGUGGAAACAGACUUUGUGGAGGUGCCUUCCCAAAUGCUUGAGAACUGGGUGUGGGACAAGGAUUCCCUCCGUCGCCUCUCAAAGCACUAUAAAGAUGGGAACCCUAUAACGGAUGAUCUCCUUGAAAAACUUGUUGCUUCUCGACUGGUCAACACAGGUCUUUUGACCCUCCGCCAGAUUGUAUUGAGCAAAGUUGAUCAAGCUCUCCAUACUGAUGCAUCGUUGGACUCCUCAAAGGAAUAUGCCAAAUACUGUUCAGAGAUUCUAGGCAUUUCAGCUACCCCAGGUACGAACAUGCCAGCAACUUUUGGACACUUGGCAGGAGGCUAUGAUGCCCAGUAUUAUGGAUACUUGUGGAGUGAAGUGUUUUCCAUGGACAUAUUUUAUAGCUGCUUUAAAAAAGAAGGGAUUAUGAAUCCAGAGGCUGGAAUGAAAUACAGAAACCUUAUCCUGAAGCCUGGGGGAUCACAGGACGGCAUGGACAUGCUCCGAAGGUUCUUGAAACGUGAGCCAAACCAAAAGGCAUUCCUAAUAAGUAAAGGCCUGCACACUCUGUAAAACUGGGAAUCUUUUGUAGCAUUCACGUCUGCGAGACACAUGGAUGUUUCUUGGUGUUUUUGGACAUUAAAACAGGAGAGGAUAUCACACCUGAAAAUAUGUAGAGUUCUGUCAGUCUCAUUUUAUUUAAAAAGCACAAACUUAACCACUGAAUUCUCCACCCACCCAAAAAAAAUGUAAUUGUAGGAACAGCCUAUUAGAAAAUAAUCAUAGUUAUAAAAACAGCAUUUAAGUACAUAUGGGAACUUCUUUUUAUAAAAGUUUGAUAAGAUUUAUAAUUUGUUUUUUUUUAAAUUGUAAUCUAGGUAAUGAACAUGUGAGAAACCUGACAAUUUUUAAAUUGAAAUUAAUAUAUAUUGUUCGAUGGUUUAUUUAAUCCAUUCUUCCAUUUUGAAGUUUUGUACAUGUGGUUUUUGUGAAUACAGACGAAUAUUCAUAUCAUUCUCUUAUGUUGUAAAUAUUUCCUUGGGGCUUUGAAUCAACUUUGACUGGAUGUUUACCAGUACAGAGGUAUGGCCAUUACCUUGGCUAUCAUUCAGAGCCAAAAGUAUCUGCCUCAGUGACAUAUUGGUCACCCUUGCACACCAGACCUCAUCUUUUCCAACUUUGUGCUACACUUGUUUGGAUUAUGUGCUGCAGUUUGGGUUUGGCCACAACUUAGAUCCUUUCAUCUCUUCUCUUCCCCCGCCCCUCCUCACUUUUUCUCCCUUUUUGUCUGAAUUUAUUUCAGUCAGGAUAUUCCAGGUAAUACUUGAGUUAUGUCACCUUGGGCCAAAUAUAGAUCACAGACUCAUGUCCAGGAUGUCUUUGCCAAACUGCUGUAACACGAGACUUGUAAUCAUGUUCUUUGGUUGUCAAAGUAGUAGCAAGCCCAAAUAAGUUUUUCUGUCGUAAGAGGAGGUGGUAAGGGACCUGCUCUAAGAAACCCUGCAGCGUGGCAGAUGGACCUGUCUUGAUUUAGGUGUGGUAAAUGGAGGGAAAUGGUGUCAAAGCAAAGAUUUCAAGAGCUCUAGAGGAGGAAGGGAAGCAACGGGCCAAAAAGUUGGAGAACUACUGCCCUGGUGUUGUUCUUUCUCACAUGAACGCUAAAGAGAAAUCAGAUAUGCUUCACAAAUCUGUCUCAUCUUUUGAUUUUUGUCACCACUCUUCAACGUCUUUCCUUUGGUCACCAUGAAACACUCCUUUACCCAAGUCCUAAUUCUCCAUUGCAUCUACGGACAGACAGUACUUUUUUCCUAUACCCCAAAGAAAGGCUAUCCAUGAUCAUCUUGAUUGGAAAGUGAAUUUGAACUUGUAGCACAGAUUCACUUCCCUGGCUACUGUAAGUAGAUUCAAGAUGAACUUUCAGUCUAAAGAGCUAGAUGAGCUUUUGGGAUCAUUUCCCUCAGCUACUUGUGAAAGAAGCUCCCAUGGAAAGAGUACUAUAAAUACAUAAAGGCACAAAUGCAGAGGCCCUGGAUUCAGAUCCGGCCUCUGCUAUUCCUCCUGUGGCUGGGUCGUUUAAUGUCUCUGGGCCCCAGUUCAUCGUUUGUCAGACGGAGAGUUCAGACUAAAUGGCCUCUCAAGGUCCCUCCUGGCUCUAACUCUGAGAUCCUUUGAGCCUAUGAACUAAGAUUAAAAUAUGACAUUUGUUCCAACUGCUUCCCAGCCUGAACUGAGGAGUUAAUUAUCCUCCUGGCUCAGGACAAAAUUUUAUCCUAUUUUAUCCUAAAAAAUUUAUCCUUCAAUACCAGUGUUACCUACUCACACUAACAAAAAAUCCCUAUCAAGAAACAUGGAUGGGCAAAUGUUGCAGAGCUCCAGAAGGUAGUAACAGGUCUAUUAAAGACAAGCCUAUUCCAAGAAUACCCUCUUGGAACCCUAGCCUUCCUGGCUUUUCUUUCCACUGCACAGAGGCAGCCAGAGUGCUAGCACUUGCCAAAUUUUGGCCUCCCAGAACCCUUUUGCCAUCACCUGGGAUUUCAUGGUAUCCUGUUUUUACAUUUCAGCUGAAAACUCUCUUCACUCUUUUCUGUUCUCAAAUAUCUUUUCCCUUUGCUUUCUUUUUUUGUUACAUUAUUUCAUAGGAGGGAAAAAAAGUAGAUAAUUUGUAUGAAAGAGAUUGCGCACAGUGAAAUUGUAUCAUGACGCACAAGAGAGAAGCAUUCCUAUAGCUGCCUUGUUAUGCAUGUGAGACUAGAGCGUGUAGGACCAUAACCCCUUACGUUGCAUUUCUCAUUUUGGAUCCAUGCCUGAUUUCAAAAGCUUAAAAAAGGACAGUUUAUGAAACCACAUCUUCACAGAAAGUAUUCUUUAGCAUGAUUUAGGGAGAAUAGAAUUAAAGGUUUAUUUUAAAAGACCAUUUAAAAUACAGCAAUCCAUCUGUUCAUUCUUAUUUCCAGAUCAGAGUAUAUAGUGUCCUGGAGGCCUUCUGAAUAGCAGAUAAACAUAGAAAUUGCAAUUCGGCAAACAUAUUCUACUGAUUUAUGAACUGAGCCACAUAUAACAAAGUCUCUCUUGGUUACCUAUUCAGGCAAUUCCAGCCAGAUCUAGGUCUUUAAAGACCUUAUGUUGUCCAAGAACAAGGUCUAAGCCAUCACAUAUUUAUUAGUUGGGAGUCUAACCAUGGUGGCUAAAGAGUUCAUUUUAAGGUGCUGAAGAAAAAAAUUAAAAGUUCAAUGUUAUGCUCAAUGGUACAUGUUUUCUCCUCUAGAAUAAAUGUCAACUCUGUAAGAAUAAUAGAAGAGUUCCUGCUUAAAAAGUUCUCACCUGAGCUGUUUAUAGCCAAGAACUUUCAGCUGUCUGGAACAGUUAGAAUGAAAAUCAUAGACCCUGGACUCUUUGGUCCUGACAUAUAGCACUAUAUAAUAAAUGAAAAUUGAGUGGACAGUGUGACUGGUGGAAAAAAAUAUUUAUAUUUUCCUGUAAUUUAAAAGCCUUGACUUUUAGAAAGAGACUUUAAUUUUCUGCUUUCUUGUUUUGCCUUUGGCCUUCAUAUGUGAAUUAAUGGCACACAGUGGUCUUGCAUGCCCAUUGAAUCAGCAGGUUUGAAUGCCGUUAGUUUUUCUUCUGUUCUGAUGUGGAACUUUCCUAGCUCUGAGGCUAGCCAGUACAUGAAAAUGCCUGACCUCCUCAGUUAAAUAUAGUUAACAGCCCAAAGGGUGUUAAAAGUGAAACUCUAUCUGCUUUGAAUGAAUUCGGUGAACAAGAAUUCUUUCUUUUCAACAUACCACAGCCAUAUUAUACCUAUAUAUCUCCUAUCUGAAAUAGGACCCUUGGAAAUUGGAUAUUCAUUCUAUUAUGAAAGUUUGUCGAGAUAAAAGUAGAAGAGGCUGGGUACACUCAUUUCUUUGAAAGACAAAUAUCCAAAAUUGACUUAGAAUUAUCUUUAGAAAAAUUUCCACUAGAAAUGUGUCCUUCUUUCUGAAUAACAUUCUAGUAAACACUGUAUUAAGGUAUAAAGUAGGUUUGUAAGUUCUUAAACAUGAGCUACAAAUGACCUCUAUCAUCACAUCUAGACCAUAAACCUCAAUAUAUUGCAGUUGGAUUGAACGAGAUGUCCUCUGGGGUCCCUUCCAACUCUCAAAUUUUAUGAUUCUGUAAUAUUAAUGUGACAGAACAUUUGAAUCAUCUUUUUUUUUCUUUUAAAGAAAACACUAAGGGUUGGGAGAGUGAAUUCCAAAAGUUAUGGGUUAGUUUUUGUGUUGUUUUUGCAGCAUACUAUAGCUCUGAAAUAAUACUGCUCAGGAAAAAUGUCUUUGUGCUACAUCUCUACAAUGAUACAUAAUAAAUAUUUGAGCCUA